AUGGAUCCCAAAGAAUACCGUCCACUAAAAUCAAACUCUGAUGAAUGUGAACCAGAUUUUAUGAAAGAAUUAGGCAACUUAGUCCAUCCACAAAGAAACCCAUUCUAUAACACUGUCUACAGUUCUGACACUGAUGAUGAUAUUCCUUUAUUAACAGUGAAGGACAACUUUUCACUUGGACAACCCAGUACAUCAAAAGGAAUUGAUAAUGAUGCUUUGAUAGAGAAGGAAAAUAUGCAUUUUGUUAAAAUAAAACAUGGUGUGUGCGUGUUAGUCAAAGUUUCAAGCCUGAAGCAAGAUUACAUUUAUUUGGGAAAAGUGCUGAGCGAAGUAGAAGAUGGUGGCGAGGUAAAAAUUAUGUUUUUCGGAUCUAUGGACGAUACUGCAAAAAAAAUUUGA